CAUUUUCAUUCCCAUCAGAACACAAAAACAAAGAUCGGAAUGGGCCAAUUCCGCACCAAAGGCGACCUAGAAAAUGACCAAUUUUAUCCCAUCAUGAUGGACAGCCCUCAGCUCCGGUGGGCCUUCAUCCGCAAGGUUUACACCAUCAUCUCCAUGCAACUGCUUCUCACCACCGCCGUCGCCGCCGCCGUCGUCUUCAUCCGUCCCAUUCCCAUCUUCUUCGUCAAAACCACCCCCGGCCUCAUCGCCUACAUCGGCAUCCUCGUCUUCACCUUCAUAGUUCUUUGCCCGUUGUACGCUUAUCAUAGACAUCAUCCUUGGAAUUUCAUUUUGCUCACUCUCUUUACCAUUGGGAUCGCGUUUUCCGUUGGGAUUUCUUGCGCCUUCACUAAAGGGAGCAUAAUACUAGAGGCAGCGGCGAUAACAUGCGUAGUAGUAGUGGGCCUGACUCUGUACACAUUUUGGGCCGUAAAACGGGGCCACGAUUUCAGCUUCCUCGGCCCAUUUCUGUUCGCCGCUCUCCUCGUCAUGUUCACAUUCAGCCUCAUAAUGAUGUUUUUCCCGAUGGGGAAGCUGUCGGUGAAGAUCUACGGCGGAAUUUCGGCGCUGAUAUUCUGUGGAUACAUAGUUUACGACACCGACAACCUCAUAAAACGGUUCAGCUACGACGAUUACAUAUGGGCGGCGGUGUCUCUGUAUUUGGACAUUAUUAACCUCUUUAUUAGUCUUCUCAGAGUUCUCGAUGGCUAAGAACAGAGCAGAACAGAGCAGAACAGAACAAGAUCGUGUUUUGUUCUUUUUUUUUUGUUUUGUUUUGUUUGGUUGAGGAGAUUUAGAAAUGCCCUCCAGAUUUGAAAAUAUGGGUUGUUUUUGUUGUAAUCAUAGCUGGUGAGGUGAGUGUGGGAUGGGGUUUAGAACAUGUUUUUUUGUUUCAAUGAUGGGUUUGUAAAGUUGUUUUUUUUUUCUCUUUGAGUUCUUUGUUGAUUAUUUGUUGUUUGGUUGGUUUUAAUGUAAUCAUGGAGGUUUAUUAUC